UCCAAUUGUCAAAGUUAGCUGCGUGUGCGUUGUCGUCUCUUCUUCUUCUUGUUUCUUUUUUUGUUUACUCAACAAAAUGUGCACGUAUAGAUAACAAUGAGGGCGCGCAAAUAAAAGCAGAGCCACAAGCAACAACAAUGGAAACUGAAAAAUAAAAAUAAAAGCGAAAUAAAUUUUACAAAGCUGGUGCACAAAUUAACAUAAUUAAGCGGCGCGCAUAAUGAUCAAAUGACAACGUGAGAGAUACCAACAACAACAUCAGCAGCAGCAGCAACAACAAAAAAACUGAAAGCGGCAGCAACAAUUAUUACGAGUGUAAAAGGCCAAAAUAGCGAAAUACGAAAACACGAAAAAUCGAAGCGACGGGAUCAUCAACACUAUAAAAUUCAAAUGAGGCGACAACAACAACCAACACAGCAACAACAACGAAGACUUAGGCAUCUGUCAGACACGAAAGCGAAAUGUGCAUCUUGAACGCCACACUAAUGCGCUGCUCCACACAAUCAAUACACAGCAACAACAACGGUAACACCAACAACAGCAACGACAACAAGACAGCAGCUACCUCAGCGGCAACAACAACAGCUACAACAAUUGCAUAAGCCACAAAGCGAUUCCAAAGCGACGCCUCAAGCGACCUGAUUUCAGCAAAUCGCAAUCUUUGCCCAGCUUGGUAGACCCUACGCGUAAGCACUCAGCCGGCAAGCUGCGAGAGUUGGCUGUCUGUGUUGGCUCUUGUGUUCAGUCUCUCUUUUUUAUUUUGCCACAUUACGCAUACGCAACGUUAGCCGGCAUUAGCAAUGGAUGCACUGGAGCUGCUGCAACAGCUCGGCCUGAACAUAGUUUGGAUCUUUAAAAUCUAUGUAAAAUUCGCUUUAAUUACGCUCGUCAUCUACUUUGUCGCCGAGUGGUAUAUAGUGCGCUAUGGCGUCGAACUGGAGGAUCAGCUGGACGCUCAGCUGGCGGCCAACGAGCGGCCGGCCUCGAACAGUACGUUGAGCAAAGUGUUUCGCUUCAUAGUGAACUUCUUUAUCAUCUAAAGAACUAGGUAUAUAGCACCUCAUAUAUGUGUAUGUGGAACUGAAUCAAAAGCAAGGUCAAAACUCAGCUCGAAUUCGAUAUCGAACUCGAACUCGUAUCUGACUCGAUUGCGGAAUUGCAAUUCGUUGCGCGCGCUUUGCCUUUGUUUUUGUUUCUUUUUCGCCAAGGCCUGCGAGAGAAUGUAAAACCCGAUUUGUUGUCACAACAAAAAACAGCAGCAAAUCUGACAAACUACAUGUAAAAGCAACAAAUACAUUCUUUUUCAUGCAAUUACGUAGUAACAAUAAACAAACAAACAAACGGGUUGAACGACUUUUUCGCUUGCAAGAAAUAACAAUAAAAAUCAUUUUGAAUGCAUUUUGUUCUUACAAAAGAGACACAAAUAUUUUGCUUUUAACUUU